AUCCAACGGCCAACAUCUUCUACUCCAACUGUGGCAUUCAUUUCACCAUUAAUGACUUACACCAGCCCUUGUUUCAGUGAUCUUGAAUAAUGUUUGAUAGCUGCAUUCUUUGUUGAGUGCAAUACCCUUCACCGUAUUUUUUCUUUUAAAUCUCAUUAUAAUCUGCGCUGUAUUUGCUUAGAUACUGUAUCUUGGUGUUUUUAUAUUCAUCAUUGAUCACCUCUUGACUCUUCAAGCUAAGCUGUAUAUAUAUAAUAUAUAGUAAGAGAUAAGUGUAAUAACACACAAAACAAGGCCAACCAGUGACAGCCGCAAAUAGAAAUUUGUCUUUUUUUCUUUUGGAAGCAAAGCUGUUUAUCAGUUUUUUGGGGGUUUUUGCUGUGAGUUUGUUUAUCUGCUGUGGUCUUUCAAUGGCUGCUUUUGUUAGGGCAGUGAAGCUCUUUGUCUGUUUGGUUCUUUGGCUUAGCACUCUCUCUUCUCUUCAAGGUGCCAAGGAUUUGUACGAAUUUCGAUAUCCAUUCAUCAAAAGGGCAAGUUCAUUUUCAUCAUCAUCAUCAUUCUCAUCAUCAAAUAUUGAUAAAGUAUCCUAUGACUACAUAAUUGUUGGAGGUGGCACAGCAGGGUGUCCCUUAGCAGCCACACUCUCUCAAAACUUCAGUGUGUUACUGUUAGAGAGAGGUGGAGUUCCCUUCUCUAAUGCCAAUGUCUCCUUCCUCAGCAACUUCCACAUUGCCUUGGCAGACACUUCUCCAACCUCUGCUUCCCAACCUUUCAUCUCCACUGAUGGUGUCCUUAAUGCUAGGGCUAGGGUUUUGGGGGGUGCCACUUGCAUCAAUGCUGGCUUUUACACCAGAGCAAACUCUUAUUUCAUUGAGAGAGUGGGUUGGGAUGCAAGGCUAGUGAAUGAGUCGUAUCCAUGGGUAGAGAAACAAAUUGUUCACCAGCCUAAACUAGCACAAUGGCAAAAUGCCUUCAAGGACAGUCUUUUGGAUGUUGGGGUCUCACCUUAUAAUGGAUUCACCUACGAUCAUAUCUAUGGAACUAAAGUUGGAGGUACCAUUUUCGACCGCUUUGGCCGUCGUCAUACUGCAGCUGAACUACUUGCUUCUGCAAACCCCAAAUUGCUUACUGUCUUGGUAUAUGCCACUGUCCAAAAGGUCUUAUUCGAUAAAACAGGGAAGAGACCAAUGGCUAUGGGAGUGAUAUUCAAAGAUGAAAAUGGGAACCAGCAUCAAGCAUUUCUCACCAACAAUCGGAGGAGUGAAGUCAUUUUAUCAUGUGGUGCAAUUGGAACUCCUCAAAUGCUAAUGCUUAGUGGUAUUGGACCGAAAGCUGAACUCAAGAAAUUUAACAUUUCCAUGGUACUUCGCAAUGAGUUUGUUGGCAAAGGAAUGGCUGAUAAUCCCAUGAACUCAGUUUUUGUCCCCAGUAACCGACCGGUGGAACAAUCCCUUAUACAAACUGUAGGUAUUACCAAGAAGGGAGUGUACAUUGAAGCUAGCAGCGGAUUUGGUCAGUCCCAGGAUAGCAUUCAAUGCCAUCAUGGAAUAUUGUCUGCAGAGAUUGGCCAGCUCUCGACGAUUCCUCCAAAGCAAAGAACACCUGAAGCCAUUCAAGCUUUCGUCAAAAGAAAGCGAGACUUACCACACGAGGCAUUCCAGGGAGGUUUCAUUUUAGAGAAGGUUGCCAGGCCCAUUUCCACAGGCCACCUCAACCUGGUCAACACCAACAUUGAUGACAACCCUUCGGUUACCUUCAACUACUUCGGCCACCCUCGUGAUCUGCGGCGCUGUGUUAAUGGGAUCCGCAUGGCUGCCAAGGUUAUACAAUCAGACCGUUUCACAAACUUCACAAAGUGUGACAAACCAACUGUAGAGAAGCUUCUUAACAUGAGCGUCAAGGCUAACAUUAACUUUAUACCGAAGCAUACAAAUGACACUAAGUCCCUACAGCAGUUCUGCAAAGACACUGUGAUCACAAUUUGGCACUACCAUGGAGGGUGCCACGUUGGCAAGGUGGUGAAUCCUGACCACAAAGUUCUUGGCACCAACAGACUCCGAAUUGUUGAUGGCUCCACAUAUAGUGAGUCUCCAGGAACUAAUCCUCAGGGCACUGUCUUGAUGAUGGGCAGGUACAUGGGAGUCAAGAUUUUGAGAAGACGACUAGGAAAAGCUGCUUGUGUGUAAUGACUAGAGACAAGCUGGUAGCAUUUGGAGAGCAGCUUUUGUCUGUAAUAGUAGUAGGAAUGCAAUGUGAUUUUGUUAGUUUUAGCAAGCACGUAUGUAUGUAGCGAAUAGCUUGCUAUGGGAAAUUUAGCAUUCCCAUUUGAUUUGUGAUGUUAAUUUAUGUCAUGAACUAGUCUUAACUGUGCUCCUAAUGGUUGGUGCCAAGAUUGAUGAAAACCCAAAAAAAAAAAAAAAGAAGUAUGUCUUUAGCUAUGUGUUGGUUUUGAUGUUUCUGGGUACACCAUAUAA